UCUUGGUUUCUUCUUUCUUUUUUUUUUUUUAUUUUACUUCGUUUUGAUUGAAGGUUUGGUUGAUCGAAAAUUCGAAAUACCGAGCUUUUCUCCCCUUCUUCCAUUUAUGGAAAGCCAUUGUAAUCUCUUUUGUAGUAAUUUGUCAUCGCUCUCCGUUAAAUCCGCUUAAACUGUUCCACGUUUCCUUAUUUGUUCUCCGUUUCUUCCUCGUUUUCUCUUAUAAAAUGGCCCUCCUUUUCCGGUUUCUCACUCGGAAAACCCUGCUUCCGAGUUUGGUGCUCAAACAACUAGUUAAAAUCCUUCUACAAGGCUUUAGAUUCCGGCGACUAUGGACGACCGCGUCCACCCCGCUGAAUCGACCACCGCCGAGGAGAAGAUGGCGGCCCCCGCCGAACCGGCGGCGAUAUCGCGGCCGGAGAACCCCCUCGCCCAGAAGAAUAUUGAGAAGCUCAAGCCACCGCCGGGGACCUACGUGAUCCAGAUCCCCAAGGACCAGAUCUACCGCGUCCCCCCGCCCGAGAACGCCCGCCGCUUCCAGACCUACACCCUCCGUACCCACCGCCGCCGCCAUGGCUGCUGCUGCUGCUGCUUCGCCUGGACCGCCGCUCUCCUCCUCUUCUUUCUCGUCGCCCUCGCCGCGGCCGCGGUGAUACUGUACUUUGUCUUCCAGCCAAAGAUCCCAAAUUACUCCGUCGACGGCCUCUCCGUCAAGGGCUUCAACCUCUCCUCCACCGCCGCCAACCUCGCCGCCGACCUCGCCGCCCUGUCACCGGAGUUCGACGCCACCGUCCGCGCCGACAACGCCAACAAAAAGAUCGGCAUCUACUACCGCUCCGGCAGCUCCAUCGCCGUCAGCUACGACGGCGUCAACCUCUGUCACGGCGUCUGGCCCACGUUCUACCAGGGGGAACGGAAUGCGACGGUCUUUCAAACGGCGUUGACGGGAUCAGGGAUCCGUUUAGCCGCCGCCACCCACGCCGCCUUGGUAACGGCGCAGAGCCAUGGGAAGGUGCCGCUGGAGAUUAACAUUCAAGUCCCGGUUAGGCUUAAGUUUAGCGCCGUCACGACGUGGACGAUCACCGUUAAGGUACGGUGCGACGUGACGGUGGACAAGUUGACGGCGGAUUCGAGGAUCAUAUCGAAGUCGUGCAGCGUUAAGGUGGAUCCUUUCUAACUUCCAUUGAUGGUGGAUGUACAGGUGGUGUUUGGGAUAUACUGAUGGUAUGAUUAGGAUUUUUCGGAUGAUUGAAUUCAAGUAAAUAAGCUGAUCUGUUCACACUUGACCUUGUUUAGCCAUUUAGAAUAAUAUGGUUCAGAUCUUGCAA